AUGGCAAUGCCCCUCCUCCAAAAGCAAAGGAAUGACGGCUUGGGUAGGCUAGAGACUUCUAUUUCGAGGUCCAGGAAUCUUCUUGCUCAGCUUGUACCACAGAGGAAGAAAUACUCGAAGAAGAGCUUUACAGAUACACUCGAUACCGGUGGCUACGCGACGAACCUGAAAACCUUGCGAUGCGUUAUCGCAAAUUCAACAUCUCUGCUCUCCUUGAUGCCGCCGUCAAUGCCGUUGGUGACGGAGCUAGAUCUUGUGUCAAGCUACUAAAAUGCGUGGAAGGACAAUACAACAAGGCGUUUAUCAUAACUAUGGAUAACGGAGUUGAGGUUUUGGCAAAGAUUCCAAAUCCUAAUGCUGGUCCAGCUUUCUACACGGCUGCCUCUGAGGUCGCUACCCGUCAAUUUCUCCGCACAGUCUUAAAAUUGCCUGUUCCGCGCAUGUAUGCAUAUUCUUUGGACCCACUCAAUCCAGUCGGUGCCGAGUACAUCAUUGAAGAGAAGGCAGAGGGCAAACCACUGGGUAGCCUUUGGUAUCAGUGGCAAACAGAAUCACAACUCGACCUGGUGAAUCAGCUCGUUGACUUCGAGACAAAGCUAACUUCGGUUUCAUUUCGGAGACACGGCUGCAUCUACUACAAGAAGGAUUUAGAAAAGAAGGAUCGGGGUCCAUGGAGCACUCCACUGUCCUACUUGGCAGCGAUGGGAAUCAACGAGAUACAGUGGGCGAAGGCGUACGCAAAACCCCGUAUAAAUCCUUACCGAUCCUUUGAGUCGCCAGAAUCUCCCGAUGAGUACAUUUCACUGUUAGAACGAUACCUUCAACUCGUGCCCCAUCUAUUACCAGGUCCGUCCCGAACAUCGCUCUCCCACCCAGACCUUCACCUCGAUAAUAUAUUCGUUGAUCCAGGCACGAAGCAAAUAACUCGCAUCAUUGACUGGCAGUCGGCUUCGGUAUCUGAGCCAUUCUUUCAACACAAGAUUCCACGUUUGCUUCUUCCGGUCGGAUCUAGCACCACUAGUAACCGAUUGAAAGCCGCAUUAGAAGAGCCCAAUGCAACAGACGAUGCAGACAGGACUGCAGAUCUGCUUAGCCAUUACCAACGACUUACCAGGCUUAAGAAUCGGCGACGGUGGGCUGCGAUGACUUUGCGGUGUCGCUCUCUUUUGGCCGAGCCCUCCUCUUUGCUCUGUGGCGCCUGGAGCAGGAAUGACGUGUUUUCUUUCCGCCAUGCCUUGAUACACCUAGCUGCUCAAUGGGAGGACAUUGCACCGGCAACGGUAUCCUGUCCCAUACAAUUUACGGAGAAGGAACUAGAGCUUCACAACAGUGAAUUGGAGCUUUUAGAGGGUCUUGGAGAAGUCCUGCACCAGCUUCAGAAAGAUAACCUGAUUCCAUUGGGCGGCAUGGUCCUUCGAGAAAAUUACGAGCAGGCUUCGUACACCAACAAUGCCGUCAAGGAGAUGUUUGUGAAUAUGGCUGAAUCUGAGUCGCAGAAGCUCUUGUACUCACGAAUAUGGCCAUAUUAA